CACUUGUUUAUGUACUUACACUCCUGCAGGAAGUGCCAAUUACAUGGAAGCUGGAGCAAGAAGAUACUACGGCUGAGACAGUGACUGCACGUUUGGGCGAACGAGGCGGACAGUAGGGGAUGACAACCUGCGCGGGUAGUGAGGCGGCGGUUCAGUAGAUGCUAGAGCGGGUCAAGGACUGCUUUAAGUCUGGAGCACAGCAGUCACGAAGAUGCGCGCAAUCCGUACAGACGAGCAGGCGCAUGCUGCACUCCGCUUUCUGGCAUCAUGGCAGCGUCGACCUCGAUCUGCCUCCGUGGGCGAACGGCGUGUCCCAGUCUCCUUCCGACUUGCCACUGAAGCGAUACGAUGAUCAGCAGCUUCCUCAAGGCUCAACUGCGAGGAAUCGACAGAGGGCCACUAUAUGGGCGACACCAGCGGAUGAGGUCUUUCUCGAUUUCCUGUACCCGCCACAAGCCUUGGCUAUGCUGAGAAGAGCAAGCACGCAGAACACGGAACGUUGGGAGAGACGCAAUGCAAAAAGACUGCCGGAAGGCUUUGUUCAAGCGACGAGGAGCUACACCUCCCGGUCGUAUGCACAAGCUGCGCAACAAAGAAGACAAGAGCGCGAACAGCAGGAGGACGAGCCAGACAUUGGCAUAGCUGUAUCGAGCAGCGGGCAACAAGCUAGGCCCGACCAACUUCACCAACGCCUAGAACGCCUCGAUCAGCCGAUCGGAAGUCCGAAUGGUCUAGACGCCGGCGCAGUCAUCCAGGAAGAUGCCUUCGACGAUGACGGCGCUGUGCCGCCUUCGCAAAGUGCUGCCGUGGCAUCCAACAACACAGAGUGGUCACCCACCGACUUGGCAGACUCUCCCGCAGACCUGGCCGAAACGCAGCAUACCGGCCUACGGCGACUGCGUUCUAUCCUCGCCGCCUCCAUCCAGAAACUUGGGACCGUCGAAACUGCUUUGGAGCUCUAUGAUAAUCUUAAUACUUCGGACAAAGACGAUCGUCUAAAGACUGAGCUGCUCAUCUGGCUAUGCAACAACCACGGCCAAGAUCAGGAUGGCCAAGUUCGCUGCAUGCAGCUCUACCAAUCAAUACAGAUUGAGCGUCGAAGUCUACCAGUGUAUGUCGCUGCCCUCUCGGUCUAUCUCCGCCGCGGUCUCCACGUUCAAGCUGUCAGGCUACACCGGGAAGCGUUGACUAACAUUGAAAAUGGCGAUCAAGUAACGAAGGCAUUCUUCGAGUAUGCAAUCAACUCUCAUAGAUGGCAGCUCGCAAUCAACAUUGAGGCACAGUAUAGACUUCUUAAGGUGCGAGAGAUGCCUGCGGCGGGGAAGAGAUUCUGGCUGCAAGUGUCACAGAUCCCAAGGCUGUUGCCGAAGGCGCUUGCGCUUGCUAACCACGCGCGCGCAUUGAAACGCGCAAAAACGUUCAGCAACAAUACGCGACGAUUCUGCGCCCACCUCUUCGCAGAAGCAUUGACGCAAGAGUUCCGGGGACCAGCUCUUGCUACGUCGCAGCCGGCAUACAAGCCGUCGCAAAUGCCAAAGAAGUCCAUUGGGCGGCUUUUCGCGUACUUAAAAUAUUUCGGUCCGGACGCGGCUCGCCUUUACGAGACCAUGAUCUUGGCGUUGCUCGAACAGCAGGAUCCCGCAAAUACAUACAGACAUGUCCACCGCAUCGUCUCCUAUGUCUACGAACAGCUCCGACAGACGAAGGCCAUAAUCUCCCAGAACGUACUUCUGGCGCUGUUGGACCGUCUUUUACGGUAUAACAAGGACAAGCAGCGCCAACGUCCAGAAGCCUACAAGAGUAUCAGGGUCGCCACCAUCAUCAACACCUGGGAGCUGCAAUAUGGGAAGCUGAGCAGCGCAGCAGUAAAGCUUCUCCUCGAGACCUACUCUGCCUCUGGUAGACUCGAGAGGUUUCAGCAGUGGAUGCGAUAUUCUCGAGAACACUACCCUUCCUAUAAGGCACAGAGAUCUGUCCUUGUCAACUCCAUCUACGUUCAUGCCCGCCGAGCCGACUUGCAUGCCGCGCGGAUCGCAUUUGAAGAGGCCGUCGAGUUGACUGCUGCACAAGGCGAGCAGCUUCCACUGAAGUGCUACAACGUCUUGAUCCACGCCCAGUCCCGCGUGGACGAUUUCAAAGGCGCAUCUGAUCUUCUGCAAAGCGUGAUUAAGCGAGGGAUGCGACCUGAUGAGUUCACCUUUCAUCCCAUCAUGCAGAUGCUUGCAAAGCGUGGAGAUGUGGAUGGCGUCAGAGAUUUGUUGAUGCAGUAUGAUGCACUUGCACAGAAGAAGCGUGAGGUGGCCUUCACCGGCAGUCUUAUCACUGCUCUCAUCAACCGUGGUGAGAUUGACGAAGCUGAAACCGUGCUGAAGGACGCCAUUGUCGAUGUGAAGACGGCCAAAGUUCGUGGCAGCCUUACUGGAAGCUUCAAUAUUGUUCUGACAGGACAUGCAUUACGUCGAGACACCGAUGCCACAAUGCGCGUCUAUCGCUGGAUGAUGACAGAAGGCAUCCGCCCGGAUGCUGGCACCUUUGCUGCGCUGAUACAGCUUCAGGUUCGCAACCGGCGGGCAACUCAAGCUUUGGCCAUCCUUAAGAAAGUCAUGAGGAAGCAUGGAGUGGUACCUAAUGCUUUCCAUUAUGCACUGGUCAUGACUGGCUUCGUGAGGGUUGGGCGUUACAAUGACGCACUCCGAGUCUACGAUCAUAUGAAAGCCCACAAUGUCAAGCGGACGCCAAGCUCGAAUAUCGCAUAUUUGAAGGCGAAGGCUCUCAAGGAACACGCGGAGAAGUUGCACUCGGCCGGCUCUGAUACCCAACCUGAGCGGCUGGACGACACCAUUGCAGAGCUGUCGAGGAUGCUUGGUAUGGCAGACGGCGAGACUCUAGCAUUAAAGCAACCCUCACUGGAUGGCAGGACGGCCAUGAGCGAUUUAGCUGAUGUCUCUGCCUCGCAUUUUAGCUUCCUUAUCUACAUCCAUGGCAGACGGCGAUGCUUCCAGGCGGUCGAAAAGCUUUGCCGUCAUGCUCGGAAACUCCACGGAGAAAGUCCAGUUGAGUCCGGAGAAGCUUACCAGACAGGCUGGAGGAUACCAUUACAACUGCUUGCGGCGCUGAUGUCUGCGCAUCUACGUGCAAAAGAAUACGAUGAGGUGGAGCGCUGUUGGAAGUUGGCCAAAGAGCGCGCUGAUGACCUGACAAGACCGAUGCAAGUACCACCACUAGAAAGGCAGAAGGAGCAGGGGAAUCUUGCACAUGAGACUGAGCAAAAUACCAUGUCAUUCCAGACAGAUGCCUUCAGCGAUGCGGGGGAGGUUGGCUUCUCUUUCACCGAAUUCCAGGCGCAACCCGACAAAGCACCUACAUACAGCGUCGCACAAGGGGAAGCAGAGCCGAAACAGGCUUCAGUCGUCACGGACAAGUCCACACCAUCACUACCGGCACCCGUUGCUGGCCGACAACACAUCCUCGCACGCCACUUUGGCUUCUACUUGCAAGCUCUUGCGGCUCAGUCUCGGACUGCCGACAUCUUGUCGAGCUUUGCGAACCUGAUCGGCCAAGGCUACGUCCUGGACAAUUUCACUUGGAACCUAUUCGUCCGGCUACUCUGCAACACGAAUCCUCCCCUCAUCUUGCUGGCGUUCACGCUUGUGGAGCGCUUCCUAAUUCCGCAUUUCCCAGGUUGGGCACCAGUGUCGCGUGCGUAUGUCCCCAACCCUAGCGCCCGUGCAGAAGGCCUAGAAUACAUUCGAGCGCGCCAUCUCAGGCCCGGACAACUCAUGCCACAGUACGAGACAUUCGUCGUUCUCGGCUCAGCUUUGCUGAAGCUUAGGCAGCUAGAGGCUGCAGGGCGCAAGGGUUUGCUCACAGGUAUAGAAAGGUUCGACAAGUAUGUGGGCAGCUUCAAGCUGGUCAGGGAGCAGGCACCUAGGACGCUCUACGCUGUGCAGAGUAUGCCGAAACGGAACGACGCGCUACAGACUCGCUUGUUGGGCAGGCGAUAAACAUUUGUGGGGUCGCGGAACAGUGUAUAGUAGUCUAUAGCGCGUAAUGUCUGCACUAUCGCGCCUUCCUCCAAGGGAAGGGCCAGGCUGCCCAACAUUUACAGAACCCGCAAGCGUAGGCGUAUAUCUUUCAUCCGACCACACUUCUUCACGUCGCAAGUUAAUGCUUCCCCUUCACGCCUCUAUGAUACUGCAGCCUGUGAUUGCAACAAAUCGGAACAAGCGGACCGACGGGAACCAAGUCCUGAGCGCCCCAGCUAUGUUAGGGAAGAUGCAUGCUCAGUCAAUCAAUAACAAGCAGUCAAGUGCUGGCAGAACUAUGCGG